AUGGUGCAGUCUCCUUUAGUUCCUACUCAGCAGCAGUUUGGGGUAGUCAACUGGCAAGUUGCGAGGCCUCCAUUAUUACCUGUUUCAUAUGUGCAAGGGGCGUAUGGUCCUGUGGUGCUUCCUCUAUGGUUGGUACCAGUUCCGACCUGGGGUCCUUAUCCUGGACGUGUUAGUCCAGUAGCAUCUCCUACCGCUAAACACAUUGUUGGAGCAGGUUCAAUUUAUGGAGUGUCACAGCUAUCUCCCUCAGCACCUGUGUAUCCAGGACCUUACCAGAUGCUACCUUCCUCUGCUGGACCUACUAGCAGCACUCAGAAGGAACACUCAAAUCCUGAAAGACCUGGUCAACUUGAAUGCCAGUACUACGUGAGAACAGGAGAAUGUAAAUUUGGUUCCACGUGUAGAUAUCAUCAUCCGCGGGAAUGGAUUUCACCAAGAACAAAUUGUGUCCUCAGUCUUAUGGGUCUCCCUCUACAUUCGGCAAUUCUAACAAAUUUAGCUACCAAGGAAACUGGUUGUUGGUUUGGUACAGAGAUUGUUGUCCCUUUUUAUACUUUGUUCUGUGCAAAUGUUGAAACUUUUGGUUUUGGAUUCUGUUUUUAA